AUGCCGCGUCCCAAGACUCACCAAACGUUGGAUUUGACCCAGUUUCUUAACGACACCUCGCUGGCCACGUGGGCAGAAGAUGAUAUCGACCUCUCCAAGAUCACUCUCCCGCCGCACAGCCCUGACCCUGCUGGAGGCCGUGGCCACAACCCUAGCGCUUGCAGCAACCCUAACACAAGACAUACCACCAAUUUUACACGCCAGAAAAACUAUACUACAUCUCAUGCCACAAAUCAUAACCACCUCAUGACUACAAGCUCUACGAAAGCACAAGCAGGCCAUCUCGAUCCUGCCCUAGACUCGACCUUAGAUGGUCCCUUUAACGGUGAUAGCACCAGAUCGCACCGUUCAAGUGAUCGUAAGAGACGGCAUGAUAGUCAUCCUCAUCCACACCCUCAGCCUUAUCCUUAUCCUUAUCCUUAUCCUCAUACUUAUGACACAAAAUCGACCCCUAAAUUUUCACCCAGUGCCGUCGCGUCACAUAACCAAACUCAGUUGGAAAAAAUACGGAAUGAAUUGGCUCAUCUGUCAAUAAGGAAGCCAGUUCCUCAAAUACAACCACACACAUUGGGCCAUUCGGAGGCACGUCGUAUUCGUGCUGAGAUUGAAGCGGGCCCAAUAAUUGAUGAUAAUUAUGGUGAUGUUGAUGAUGGUGGUGGCGAUAAACAACAUGGGAAAAGAGAUAUAAAACGAGAUGAAAAACAAGAUGAGCUGGACUGGUCACGUGCGCGCGGCGCUCGUUUUGCCGAGGUUUCGGCCGAGACCACAAUAAGAACCACUGCGACAACCGCAACAACAGAGACUGCUCGGCCGAAAAGAAGGAGGCGUGGGAAGAGAGGAGGUCGGCGGCAAAAGGAACGAGAUGCCAGAGCUGCUGCUCGAAAAGCACGUGAGGCAGGUGUUGAGAAUGAAAUAGAGGCAAUAGUAACACUAGCUCCAAACUCAAUAGCAGAACCAAAACACAAUAAAGAGACCCACUCUCAAAACACAAAGAUUCCAAGAGAGCAUAAUGAGGUUCACACAAAGGAUUCUAAUACAAAUACACGACGUCGACGUAAACCAAGACCUAAUUCAAGAGCUAGAUCAAAUGCAAAAGCUAGAAGAGAGGUUGAAGCUAAGUCGAAUAUUACAAACAACUCUAUAUAA